CCAAGGUGUUCCCGGGCCGCCCCGAACCGCUAGGAACAAGAGGCAGAAGUCAGCCAAAGGGAAGGCCGGGGAAGCUCUUCCAGACCAGACAUCCAUCCCCCGGGGCCUCGGCGGCGGCGGAGGGCGGGCCGGCUCCCAGCUCCCGGAGGGCGCGGGCCGGAGGAGGAGGCGGAGGCGUCCCCGAAGGCGGCGCCUGUCGGAGGAAGUUGGCCCUUUAACUGGUGCCGAGCCCCUGGCCGGCCCGUCGCACCGCCGACAGCAGCGAGCAGCGGGCGCCAGCGGAGCCGGGAGCCGAACGCGCCGCCGGGGGAGCUCAGCCCCGCGCCCCGCAGCCAUGGGCGCCGCGGCCUCCAGCCAGCUGGACGAGGGCAAGUGCGCCUACAUCCGAGGGAAAACUGAGGCCGCUAUAAAAAACUUCAGUCCCUUCUACAGUCGCCAGUACUCUGUGGCCUUCUGCAAUCAUGUGCGCAGUGAAGUAGAACAACAAAGAGAUCUAACAUCACAAAUUUUGAAGACCAAGCCACCAUUGGAUCCUGGGACCGUUUUGUAUGAAGCAGAACUAUCCCAGUUUGCCGAAGAUCUAAAGAAAUGGAAGGAGAGAUAUGUGGUGGUUAAAAAUGAUUUUGCUGUGGAGAGCUACGAGAACAAAGAGGCCUAUCAGAAAGGAGCUGCUCCUAAAAGCCGAAUCCUUCCAGCGGGUGGCAAAGUGUUAACCUCCGAAGAGGAAUACAACCUAUUAUCUGACAGGCAUUUCCCAGACCCGCUUGCGUCCAGUGAGAAGGAGAGCGCGCCGCCCUUUGUGGUGCCGCCGAAGGAGUUCCCGGUGUACCUGUGGCAGCCGUUCCUCAGGCACGGCUACUUCUGCUUCCCCGAGGCCGCCGAGCAGAGGAAGUUCCAUGCCCUCCUGAGUGACUGCAUCCGGCAUCUGAACCAGGAUUACAUGAAGCAGACCACGUUCGAAGCCCAAGCCUUUUUGGAAGCCGUGCAGUUCUUCCGGCAGGAGAAAGGUCACUACGGCUGCUGGGAAAUGAUGGCCGGGGAUGAAAUCCAGAUCCUGAGCCACAUGGUGAUGGAGGAGCUGCUGCCCACCCUUCAGGCAGACCUGCUGCCUAAAAUGAGGGGGAAGAAGAACGACAGGAAGCGGGCCUGGCUCGGGCUCCUCGAGGAGGCCUACAACCUGGUGCAGCAGCAGGUGUCAGAGGGACUGAGCGCCUUGAAGGAGGAAUGCAGAGCUCUGACCAAGGGCCUGGAAGGAACCAUCCGUUCUGACAUGGAUCAGAUAGUCAACUCCAAGAACUUCUUAACUGGGAAGAUCAAAGCGAUGGUGGCCCAGCCAGCGGAGAAAAGCUGUGCGGAGAGCGUGCAGCCAUUCCUGGCGUCCAUUCUGGAGGAGCUCAUGGGGCCCGUGAGCUCAGGAUUCAGUGAAGUGCGCUCCCUCUUUGAAAAGGAAGUGGACAAACUCAGCCAGAACUUCCAGACCAGCAAGGACAAUGCCCAGCUAAAGGAGCACCUGGACCGGCUUAUGAGUCUCCCCCUGGAUUCUGUGAAGAUGGAACCUUGUUACAUCAAAGUCAACCAGCUCGAGGAGCGCCUGCAGGAUCUCAAGAGCCGCUUCCGAUUCCCCCACGUGGACCUGGUGGUGCAGCGGACACAGAACUACAUGCAAGAGCUCAUGGAGAAUGCUGUAUUCACUUUUGAGCAAUUGCUUUCCCCACAUCUCCAAGGAGAGGCCUCCAAAACAGCCAUCGCCAUUGAGAAGGUGAAGCUCCGAGUCUUAAAGCAAUACGAUUAUGACAGCAGCACCAUCCGGAAAAGGAUAUUUCAAGAGGCCCUCGUUCAGAUCACACUUCCCACCGUGCAGAAGGCCCUGGCGUCCACCUGCAAACCGGAACUUCAGAAAUAUGAGCAGUUCAUCUUCGCUGAUCACACCAACAUGAUCCAUGUGGAGAACGUGUACGAGGAGAUUUUACAUCAGAUGCUCCUUGAUGAAACCCUGAAAGUGAUAAAGGAAGCUGCCAUCCUGAAGAAACACAACCUGUUUGAAGACAACGUGGCCUUGCCCAGUGAGAGCGUGUCCAGCCUGACCGACCUCAAGACCCCCGUGGGCUCCAACCAGGCCAGCCCCGCCCGGCGGGCCUCGGCCGUUCUGCUGGGCGCUGCCCACGGUGAGGCCCCGAGUAACGACGUGUUCCCGGAGCCAGAGGAGAAGCAGCUGCCUGGGGCCCCUGGCCCGCCGGCCCCGGGAGAAAGCCUUUCCCUCCCGGGUGGGGAUGCGCAGGGGGUUCCUUCAGGCCCGGGGGACCCUGUCGUGAGCCCCGCGGCCGCAGAGGACACCGCAGGAGCCCGGGGCUCCCACACAUCGGAGCUGGAGUUUGCAGCGGGGACUCCUGCGGAUGGAGAAGCCGCCGCCCCCCAGGAGCCGCCAUCCAUCUCUGCCUCGUGCUCCUUGCAGGAGCUCAGAAAUCUGUUGACCGUGACCGUCGAAGUACCCGUGGCGCCUGCCACCCUCGAGACUGAAAAAGAUGCCCAUCAGGAGACCCCUGUUCCCCAAGAAAUGGAAAAAGAGGAGGAAACGACCCAAAUCCACACGGAGGUCGCUCCAGCAGCCGCCUCCCGUCAGGACGCCAGUGAAGACGGUGGAGUCAGGGAGAAGGAGGCCCAUGCUCCAGCUGUCGAGGCAGAGGCCGAGGCCGAGGCAGGGGCGGCUGGGGUGGAGUCAGGGGGAUGUGCAGAGGCUCAGCCAGCCUGCGGGGGGCUCAGCCAGGCCCCCAGCGGCCCAGGCCCCACAGAAGAGCAGGCAGAGGCCGGGGAUCCCACUGGGAGGGACGCCCAUGAAGGAGGUAAGGCCAUGCCAGAGGGAGGCUGCAUUUUAAAUUCUGACCCCAUGGGCCCCGGGGAGAGCCAGGGCUCCGUGGAAGAAGCGGUCGGAGGGACCAGUGGCCCGGCCCAGGCUGCUGAGGAGGUUAAGAGUCCCCGUGUGUACGAGUGUCAGUGGGUGGUGGAGGACGUGCCAAACACCGACAUCCUAGGUCCACAGAAGGAGGAUGCGAGGGAGAGUCCCCCAGAGCAGCCCUCGGAGGAGUGAAAGGGACCAUUUGGCAAAAGUGUCUCUAUGAGCAAACCCAGCCAACGGGUUCAUGAUGGGUACACUUAGGGGUGCAUGGGACUGUUAAAAAAGACAAAAAAGAAAAAAAAAAGUAUUACGUCCUUCCUUAACUUGUAGAAUGAAAUCAGAGGGGCUGCACACGGGGCGUGAGCACGGAGGCAAGCCCUGUGGGAUGGAGCUGCUCUGCCAUGAGUGACCGCUUUAGCAUUUUCGUAGGCAGCUGAGGGUGCCCCGGGGAGGGAGUGGGGACAGAGAAAAGAGCAGGAGCAUGGUUUUCAAUACACUCUCCGUUUCUUCUAACGCACUUCAAGGCAUUUCCAUUCUUUGUAAGAACGCAAAUCGAUGCUGUAACCCCCACUUCACCGUCUCCUAUACGGACUUCACUGUCUCUUAGGGACGCGGCCUUUGCCCACGGUCAGGCUGCAGGGAAGGGUGGGUGGUGGACCCAGGCACCACAGCUGUGGGCAGCCCCACGGGGCCUGAGAGCUCGGGGAAGCUGGGCAGAAGCAGGGGAAGGCUGUGGUCUGUGCAACCGUCUGUGCCUGGUACUGAAUCUGCUCUCAAUGCCCUGUGAAUUGAUUCGUUAAUUCUUAUUCAUUAAUCACCUUUAGGGGAAACUCAGAUGAAAAUUACCCUGGCAUAUUUUAAGCAUUCCAAAUUAGCCUUAAAUUGUGCAGAUAAAGAGCUUAGCUGAAUUAUUGGGCAUAAAGUCUACCAAUUAAACACAUGUUAUCGAAACAGAUACUCUAUGCCACAAGCUGUGUUAGGCCUC